GCCACUCAAGGGUUUAAACACACUUUACUCAACUAAACGUUGGACAGCUUUCUUCAAAUUGCUUCUCUUUCAUGAGAAGACCUGUAAGAGAAGGCCAAACUCAGGAAGUAACAACUGAGAUGUCUUCUUUGAUGUUUAAAGAUGCCUUCUGGGGGUCCGAUUUCACCUGCCAUGCCGGCUAUGAUGCUGUGAUCCAGAGGUUACGAGAGGGGAGGCAAAUGUGCAAAGAUGUGGAAGAGCUUUUGAAGAUGAGGGCCUCAGCAGAGGAGAAGUAUGGAAAAGAACUGAUGACUAUUGCUCGCAAAGCUGGAGGAAACUUGGAGAUCAGUACCUUGAGAGCAUCCUUUGAACAAUUAAAAGCCCAAAUUGAAAACAUUGGGAACUUUCACAUCCAAUUAUCUGAUGUAUUGAAAGAGGAGGUGAAAAAGAUUGAGACUUUCAGAGAACGUCAGAAAGAACAGAGGAAGAAGUUUGAAAGCAUCAUGGAAAAAGUUCAAAAGAAAAAGGUUUCUUUCUUCAGGAAGACUAUGGAGUCUAAGAAGAGCUACGAGGUGAAGUGCAAAGAGGCUGAGGAAGCCGAGCUGGGAGCUGAAAAAACAGGCACUCCACCCAAAAACCCAGAGAAGGUACGUCACAGGACCAAACAAUGCAGACAAGCAGCCAAUGAAGCAGAAAAGCUGUAUUUGAACAACAUUGAACAACUAGAAACUGUUCGCCAAGACUGGGAGGAGACACACAAAAGCACGUGUGAGGUGUUCCAGCAACUGGAAGAAGAUCGCAUCAGCACGCUCAGGUGUGCUCUAUGGGACCACUGCAAUCAUUUCUCCAUGCAGUGUGUUAAAGAUGAUGAGCUUUAUGAGGAGGUGAGGAAGGUUCUGGAACAGUGUGACGUUACCACAGACAACAACUGUUUCAUAAAGAUGAAAAGCAUGGGACUGAGGCCACCAAAACCCAUAGUCUUUGAAAGCUACCAGGGUGAGGUGUUCAGGACCAGCAACGGUCAAGCUCAUUUUUCAGGAGAAUGGACAACAAGAAGGUCUUCUGACCCAAUACUCAGAAGUUCUAUGAGUAUAAACGCAGACAGUCCUCGAGUCUCACAAUCAGCGCUGUCAUCUAUUGGGGAAUGUGAGAUGUUAGAUGGUGGAUAUGCCCCCAUUCCAGGCCUCCAGCAAGAAGCACCACUGGACACCCCACCAGCCGAUAGCCAGUUUUAUGUUGUGCUUUAUGAAUAUACAGCACAGGAAGAAGAUGAACUCUCUAUGAACAGAGGGGACGUGGUGCGAAUGCUGCAACAAGGAGAGGAUGGCUGGUGGACCGUGGAGAGGAGCGGGCUGAGUGGAUUGGUGCCAGGAAACUAUCUGGGCAAAAUCUGAACAUGCAUGUACAUGUGCAAAUAUCACAAUAAGAAAAUGCAUGUUCUUCAAAAAAUAGACCAACCCUUUACAUGAGAACGGACCAACCAUACACACCACAGCCUACAGCUUCACAUUAAUGGGGUUUUUUUUGUGUAUAAAAUUCCAAUUUUUGUGGAAUUAUGAUUAAUUUCAAUAGUAGAUUUUGACACCCCAAAUUAAAAUCUAGGGUCACUUAUGGGCAGAAGGAUAAGUAAGAACAUUUCAGAAAUGAAGGAAAUCAUUUACCUUAUAUUGGUGUCAUCACCUAAUAAUAAAAUUAGUCAUGAUAUCACCCUGCUACCUCAUUUGCUAAACAGAUUGCUAAAGUCUUACUUUUGGUACCCAGAAUAUGGCGUCUUCCAAAAUAGAAGAACAGGAAACACCAGUUUAAGAAAAUAAAGGCUGUAUAUAGUUCUUUUAGUAAAAAGAGGUUAGAGGAAAUGUAGAGAAGGUAUGACUACACCAGUGCAUGACAUAAGAGACAGAAUUUAUGUGCUUAGAAAAAUGAAGUGUUAACUGGCUGCAUGAGAUAUGAGAAGGUAGCCAUUUAAUUAAAUAGCUUUUGUCCUCUUUAAAUAUCUUCCCCCAAAAACAGAAACACGUCUUUACUUACUUUUGCCUGAUUUUUUUUUUAACUUUUGUAUUAAAUAAAUACUGCAAUGAUUACAAAAAUUCAUACUGAAUAUUGCCUUUGGAUAGAGAACAUGCUAGAGUAUUUGUGAGCUACAUUUGGCUUUAUCAGCAUAUAGUGACCAGUGUUUUGCAUAACCCCUGAGAAUUCCAUCAGUCACCAUGGUAGCAGCUAAUGAUGUUACAAAUUACUGUGACUAAAAUCAAAAGCAUUUUAACAUUCUUCAAAAAAGAAAUGGUUAUUUAUUCACAUGUGUAAUGUAUAUAUUUAUUUUACUGAUAACUGAUGAGACUAAUAAAAUACCCUUGUUUUCUGCAGAGGA